GAUAAGACGAGUGUAAACAUUUAUACUUGCAUCAGUCGAUUUCAAUCAACCAUGAUUAGUGCGAACAUUUCUUUUUUCAUGUUAAUUACAACCAGUGUUUUUGCUCUCACCACGGGCGACUUGAUAAACGUGAUUGUUAAAGAAGGAAUUUUCUCGAACAGAACAGAGGUCACUUUAAACUCAACUACUAGACGACUCUUUGUAUUCACGCCGCAAACUCCGUCAUCUAACCCUUACAAUGUACACGUUUGGACAAACAACAGUAAUGUGUCAAAGGACCAUCCAGUGAUAGUAACGGUAGAACAAGAACCAGAUGUGUUAAAGUGGUCGAUUCCUCUGACCCUUGAAUCAUCAAAUGGAAAAGGUUUUGUGCUUUUUAACGACACUUCUAGAACACUCUGUAAUAGUAAAAUACUAUCAGGAGAUGUUAAUGGAACACAAAACUUUACUGUGAGUUUAUCGACAUUUUCGCCUGAUAAUGUAAACGUAAGCCUUAAAGUAGUUGAGAGAACAGAAUUUUAUUUGACAAAAGGCAAACCUCAUAAUAUAUCGAUAGUAGCUCCAGGGAGACCGCAGUACUUUCUUUAUAAACCGGAUUUUAUUGGAGACUUUGGAAUCGAAAUAAAUAUCGCUUCAAGCAAAAAUAUUUGUUUUACGGCAGUUGUUCAAAAGAUAAAAUGUCCGGUUUAUGUCUCGGGUCAAGUAUUCUUUGAAGAUGGAAUUCGACAAACUGUUGUAACAAAAGGUACCAUAAGGAUUAAUAGCGCAAAUUUCCCCGAUGGAUUUAUUCUCAUCAUUGCGAAGGGAAACGCAGAAAAUUCAUGUGAAGAGGCAUGUCCAGGAGUCAUUUGUGAAAACCCUCCGGAAGUUACUAUUGAAAUAAGAAACACUAUUCCUGAAAACGAAUACAUCUUCAUUACUUUGAAAGUUCUUGGCUGUAUUGCAGGAUUCUCUGCUGUCACGAUUCUGACAUGCUGUUUUUUUUCCUGGUGGGAAAAGCGGCAAGAACCUGCAUACAACAUCUUCAAUUCCGAUCUUUUCAACGGCGAAAAUCACAUGGAUGAAGAAACACAUAGAGAUACCGAAAAUUCAAACAACAAUGACACAACUGUAGCCUCAUUAUGCAGAAGUCUUGAAAGAAAUAAAAUAAAAGCGCACAAUUAUUGGUUGCAUGUUGUAAAUAUUGCAAUUUUCUAUGGAAUUCCAGUUGUACAAUUGGCAGCUAUUUACCAAGGAAUAGUGAAUAAGACAGGGGAUGAAGAUAGUUGCUACUACAAUUUUGGAUGUGCGAAUCCUGGAUGGUUUCUUUCUGAUUUUAACCAUGUGCAGUCUAACAUUGGUUAUAUCACCAUGGGAAUUUUAUUUCUAGUGAUAGUAUUAUAUCGUCGCAGAGUACUACCUGAACGAGAGACAGGGAUUCCAGUUUACUAUGGAACUUAUUAUGCAAUGGCUACAGCUUUAAUCAGUGAAGGCAUUCUGUCUGCAUGUUACCAUGUUUGUCCAACUAACACUAAUUUUCAGUUUGAUGUAAGUUUUAUGUAUGUAAUGAUUAUUCUAUACCUGUUGAAACUCUAUCAAAAUCGUCACUCUGAUAUAGCAGCGUCAGCUUAUUCGACUUUUACCGUUGUUGGUUUUAUUGUAUUUAUGGCUGUGAUUGGAAUAAUUGUUGAUGAGGAUCAACAUCGAGCCUUCAUCGUGGUACCUCUUGUGGUGGUUACUUAUACUACAUUGUGUAUCUACAUAUCAUUAAAAAUUUAUUACUUUGACAGCGUUUUGACAGGAUUGCAGCAGCAGUGGAUGAGAUUUAGAGAGUCCUACGAACCAAUACAGGAAAUUUUAACACCACAAAAGAAAGGACGUUUUGUCAUCACUAUAAUUGUCAAUCUAUGUAAUCUCGCUUUUUUAAUAAGCGGAACUCUACUUUAUGUUAACAGAACAUUAGAUUUCGGUACUUUCCUCCUUGUGUUGCUAAUGGGCAAUGCAGUGUUAUAUUCGAUAUUUUAUGUAGUUAUGAAGACUCUUAUUCAUUGUGAAGGAAUUUCCGUACAAGCGGUGAUUUAUGGUGUGCUGGGUGUCGCUCUUGGGGUCCAGUCUAUGAUUUUAUUUUUAGAUAAGAACACCCAAAUGGCUUUAAGUCCUGCCGAGUCGCGCAAUUACAAUCAGCGCUGUCUUCAGUGGUUCUGGAACUUCUACGACAAACACGAUUUAUGGCAUUUCACUAGCGCUGGAGCCAUUUACUUCGUAUUUAUGUUUCUCUUAUGUUUAGAUGACAAUAUUGUUCUUAAAGAACGAAGACAUAUUCCUGUAUUCUAAUAAAAAUAUCAGCAAUUUGAGUCAUUGCAUUGCAAUGUAAUACAAAACCAUCUGAUCUGUAAA